GGGCUCCGCCCCUCCGUCUCUGCUGCAGACCCUCACCAUGUGCAGCUCUCCGGCCCGGUCCGAGCUGAGCCCCCAGUGUUUCCUCAGGAGCCCCGCAGGCGACCGGGUCUCCCCGCAGGCGUCCCCCAACCACCUGGUGACCAACGGACCCCUCGCCAAGUCUUCACCCCCUCAGCCCCCCACCUUCCUCCUGCAGCCCACCUCCCUGGUUGCUCCUCCAAAGACUCGGGAGCCGCCGCGCUACGAGGAGGCCAUCAAACAGAGCCGCAACAACCUGCACGUCAACAACGCCUCCCAGGUGAGAAAGUCCCGCCGCAGCUUCUGAGAUUAGUGCAGUCAACCGAUUAAAAUCAGUCAUGAUUAACCAUUUAACUACCCAGAAAAGACAAAAAACAUCAAAAAAGUUUUUUUCCUGCUGCAUAUUCCCCCUAAAGGAAUAUAAAAGUAAAAAAAAAAAAAA